AUAUCAUCAGCAUCUAACUGUACAGACUAUCAAUCCCGGCGCCUGAAUAUUCGACACAAGUCAUCAUUACCAUCAUCAAAUGAUGGUACAAAUGAUGGUAUAAAUGAUGGUACAAGACAUAGGCAACAUCCAGCGGAGUUUGUUCAUACAUUAAACGGAACUGCAAUUGCCGUACCAAGGAUUAUUAUUGCAAUUCUUGAAAAUUUCCAAAGAGAUGAUGGGAAAAUUAGUAUACCUGAAGUAUUAAGAAAGUGGAUGGGUG